AUGGCCGCUAAAUCCCCCGUCGUUCUCAUCCUCGGCGCCGGCCCUAAUAUUGGCCAGGCCGUCGCCCGCACCUUUGCCUCCAAGGGCUACAAGGUUGGCCUCGCCGCUCGCUCCCUAAGGGAGGCCGACAGCACUGACAAGCAGCUGAACAUCCCCAGCGACUUCUCCAAGACCGAAGAUGUCGUCAAUGCCUUUGCCAAGGUAAAGGAGGUGUUCGGCAUCCCUAGUGUCGUCGUCUACAAUGUCAGCGCCGUGAGCUUCACCCCUAAAGACGACCCCUUCGCCCUCUCUCUGGCCGAUUUGAGUCGCGAUACGACCAUCAACAUCUGCAGUGCCUUUGUUGCCGCGCAACAGGCCGUCUCGGGCUUUGCACAGCUUCCGGCGUCAGCCGCGCGUACCUUCAUCUACACCGGCAAUGUCCUAAACGUCUCCAUCCUCCCGGGAUUUCUCUCCCAGGGAAUCGGCAAGUCGGGCGCCGCUCACAUGAUCUGGGCCGCCGCGGACGCUUACAGAGACCGUGGAUACAAAUUCUACUAUGCCGACGAACGGAAGCUAGACGGGUCGCCCAAGUACCACAUCGACGGUGACGCGCAUGCGGACCUCUACUGGGAGCUGGCCCACGGCAAAACACAGGGCCCAUGGAUGCAGACAUUCGUCACGGGUGUCGGAUACAAGAAGUUCGGUACCAUGCUCGAGGCCAACGUCGCCGACACGGCCGCUUUUCCUGGACUCUAG